AGCCCGUAACCAGUCCGUCUCUCUCUCUCUCUCUCUCUCUCUCUCUCUCUAUUCACUUCUGGACAUCAAUGAGCGCGCGGCUCGGAGCUCGCGGCCAGUGGAGAGUGUGCGCGCGCGGAAACACCAGAGGGAUGCUGACUCCUGCGCCUCACGCGCACCACUGAUUCUUCAUCAUCAUCAUCAUCAUCCACCGUUAAUCAGCGCCGAUUUCCUGAGCAGAGUCCGCGUGCACUUCGGAGAGGGCGCACGCACAACUUCACAAGCAUGUACGCUGUAGUGCUCGCGGCGGCGGUGUUCGGGGCGGUGGGUGUGUUCUCGGCUCAGGAAGUGUGUCCUUCAGGACAGAAAACCACCAGCGGCGAGUGCUGUAGACAGUGUCCACCGGGCGAGGGCGUGGUCCAGCCGUGUGGAGAGACGCAAACAGUGUGUCAGCCGUGCCAAGACAGUGAGACGUUCUCAGAGAACUUCAGCCACACUGAGCAAUGCAUGAAGUGCACAGACUGCACCGGGCUGUUACGCAUGGAGACGCCAUGCACCGACGCCAAUGAUGCCACCUGCGUGUGUGACUACGGCUACUUUAUGUCACAACUUUCUGGGCGGUGCGAGUUGUGCACGGCGUGUCCAGUGGGCAGCGGCGUAUUGAGGCGCUGCUCUGCCCUCGAGGACACCUCAUGUGAGACCUGCACAGAAGAUACAUACUCAGACCAGGAGAGUGAGCUCAACCUGUGCCUGCCGUGCACCAUCUGCGAGGACACAGAGGAGCUCCAGCAUUGCACAUCCUUCAGCGACACCGUGUGCCAAGUGGACUUAAGUAUUGUGAAUACUUCAAGCACGCCACUGCCCACUCUGGAGGACAGUGAGCCUCCAUUUGAUGUCAACUUUCCACUGGAAGGGCCACCAGAACCUACAGAGAUCCCUGAGAGUAGAGACCCCACCGUUGGGCCAGAACCCACGAAGCUGGGCCUGGGUGACAAUCUCAUUCCCCUGUAUGCCUCCAUCGUACCGGCUGUGCUGCUUGGCCUCGUCGCCUUCAUCGUCAUCAAAAGGUGGAAGAGCUGCAAACACAACAAGCAAGAGGGUAGUAAUCGAUCCGGCACAGAGAACCCGAGCCAGACGCCGUCUCCCGAGGGAGAAAAACUACACAGCGACAGUGGCAUUUCUGUAGAUAGCCAGAGUUUACAGGAGGGACAAGGCCUGUCUCACACAGUGGUGAAGAUCGACGGAGGCCUGAGUUUGCCGCUGCAUGCUCGUGAGGAACUGGAGAAGCUCUUGGAGGAUGAGGGACCUCUGGAAAAUGACUGGUCCAGCCUUGCUGGCUUGCUCGGCUACGAAGAAGAGCGCAUCGCCUCUUUCGGCCAGGAGGAGAGGCCGGUCCGAGCGCUGCUUAGUGACUGGGCGAGCCACGACUCCGCCAGUGUUGAUGCGCUUUGUGCGGCACUUAAAAAGAUCAAUCGGGAAGAUCUCGCUCAGAGCAUCAUGCCCAAGUCCACGGCAACCUCCGUCGUGUGAGGAAACCACAUUCCUGUUCGUCAAGCCAUAGCAUCUGCUUAAUCAUCACAAUCACACGCUUCACUAAUGUAUUACAUGGUCUAGUUAUGUGCAUUUCAAACAGCAACUCUACCUAGCUUGUGCUGUUCCAACAUGCAUCGUUAGCAACAAAAAGCCUCUGCGUUCACACAGCAGCAGUUUACUCAGUUUAAUUACUUCUCAGGUUACAGUGAUCAAGUGAAGGGAAUAAGGAUGCUUCAUUACUCAGCAGGAAAUAUUUCCUGUUUUACUGUGCAUUUAUUCUUGGCACACAAAUAUUAACCUUAGCAA